AUGGGCAGCGAAAAUUCUCAGCUUGGCAUACUCUUCUUCCCUUUCAUGGCCCCUGGCCACAUAAUACCAAUGACGAACAUGGCUAAGCUAUUCGCAGCGCGUGGCGUGAAGGCAACCAUUGUCACCACCCCUCUCAACGUGCCUUUCGUCUCCAGAACGAUUGAAAGAAUCGAAACUUGCGGCGGCGCCACCGCCAAGGUUGAUAUCCAAACGAUCAAGUUCCCGGUUGAAAAGGCCGGCCUGCCAGAAGGAUGCGAAAACUUCGAAUUCCUGCCUUCCGAAAUGUUGAGCAGUUUCCUCAAAGCCCUUGCAGUGCUUCAAGAACCAUUGGAGCAGCUACUCCAUGACGCUGAUUGCCUCGUCGCUGACAUGUUCUAUCCAUGGGCAACCGAUGCUGCCGCUAAAUUUGGAAUCCCAAGGCUUGUUUUCAAUGGAACCAGUUUUUUCUCCAUCACUGCGAUGGAGAGUAUGACGCAAUAUUAUUCCGAACCUUUUCUCAUUCCUAAUUUUCCUGGAGAGAUAAAGUUGACGAGUAUGCAAGUACCGAGCUUCAUUCGGGAAGAGGUUGAAACUGACAUGACCAAUGUGUUGAAAGAAGCUGCAGAAGCAGGCAUGAGGAGCUAUGGGAUUGUUGUAAACAGCUUCUAUGAGCUGGAGCCAGCUUAUGCAGAUCAUUACAGAAACGUUUUGGGAAAGAAGGCAUGGCAUAUAGGGCCGGUUUCAGUAUGCAACAAGGAAGGUCAAGAUAAAGAAUCCUCUGUUGAUGAACAUGAAUGCCUCAAGUGGCUUAAUACAAAGAAACCCAAUUCAGUUGUUUAUGUAUGUUUUGGAAGUAUGGCUUACUUCAAUGAUUCUCAACUGAUGGAGAUUGCAAUGGGUCUUGAGGCUUCUGGGCAGCAAUUCAUUUGGGUUGUGAGGAAAGAAAAGAAUGGUAGUGGAGGAAAAGAAGAGUGGCUGCCUCAAGGAUUUGAGAAGAGAAUGGAAGGAAAAGGUCUAAUUAUAAGAGGUUGGGCACCCCAAAUUUUGAUUCUUGAUCAUGAAGCAGUUGGAGGAUUUGUGACUCAUUGUGGCUGGAAUUCAACGUUGGAAGGAGUCACUGCUGGGGUUCCCAUGGUCACAUGGCCUGGGUUUGCCGACCAAUUUUUCAAUGAGAAGUUGGUGACUCAGGUAUUGAAAAUUGGAGUUGAUGUUGGUGCUGAGCGAUGCGUUGAUGGAGUUGAUGAAGUUGGGGAAGAAAGUAUCAAGAAGGAGGCAAUAGAGAAGGCAGUGAAGCGAAUUAUGGUGGGUGAAAAGGCAGAUGAAAUGAGAAGCCAAGCCAAAGCACUCGGAGAGAUGGCAAGGAGGGCUGUGGAAGAAGAGGGGUCAUCUUAUUCUGAUUUGAAUUCUUUGAUUGGAGAAUUAAAGUCACGUUGCCCUUGA